AUGUUUUACUUCCACUGUCCCCCUCAGCUGGAUGGAGAAUUGAACACCAACGGGUUUCCCAACCAUUCGUCAGCAGGUGAUUUUGAUGACGGCUUUCUGCGGAGAAAACAGCGUAGAAAUAGAACAACAUUUACGCUGCAACAGUUGGAGGCUUUGGAGGCUGUGUUCACGCAGACUCACUACCCCGAUGUUUUCACACGUGAGGAACUGGCCAUGAAGAUCAACCUGACUGAGGCGCGUGUCCAGGUGUGGUUCCAGAAUCGUAGGGCCAAGUGGAGGAAGACGCAGAGAGGAAAUUCAGACCCCGACGGAGGUAAGGAGCAGAUUAACGAGGGAGGCACUCCUCCGUCCAGGAGUCUGAACUCCCAGUCUCCUGUGGACCAGAGCAGGAAACAGAAGGAACCUCUGGAGAUGCAGCAGAGUAUAAACCGAGCCGUAGGUCCUGGUGGGCCGUUCUUUCCAUCCUGUCUACCAGGGACCCUCCUGAACUCAGCCACCUAUGCCCAGGCUCUGUCGCAUGUUGCCACAAUGAAGGGAGGUGGUCUUUGCUCUUGCUGUGUUCCUGACCCCAUGGGCCUGUCCUUCUUGCCCCCCUACGGUUGUCAGGGCAACCGUACAGCCAGCGUGGCAGCCCUGCGGAUGAAGGCCCGUGAGCACUCUGAGGCCGUCCUGCAGUCAGCAAACCUGCUGGGGAAUGGCCAUGGGCAUGGCGCUGGAGUAGGAGGCCUGUCCAGGGUCGGUGUGUCCGGGGAUGGGUUGAAAAGGCCCAGGAUGGAACCUGCCCUGGGAGUCAUAUCUGGAUCAGUGUCGUGUGUUUCUGGAGCCGUGCGGAGAGGAGCAGGGGGCGGACUUACUCUCAGCCCAGGCUCCAAGGCACCAACUCAGGGUAGCGGGUCUGACAUGCACCCCCUCUGCCCCAAGGAACCACUGGAGAAAAAGUGAGUGUGUGUGUCUGUGUUCGCUGCCCAGAGGAAACAGACGUACGGACAGUGAGGAUGUACAGACAGACUGACGGACUGGGACUAUAACUCCUGUAGUGUGACUGUGCCUGUUGUUAUGACCACUUUCCCUCUCCCUACUCCUCCUAAAGCACAACUAUGGACCUAUUUCUACUGGAACAGGGUGAGGAGUGGGUACCCAGAUAUCAUACUAUAUGGAUUUAACUAUCAAGAUAUUUAUUUGAUUGUGAUUUAUUUCUGGUGGGUGAAUAUUGCUGAAUGCCGUGGGGCUGUUGCUGAACCAUUAUAAUGGACUCUAUAUGGGCUCUUUGUAAGGGAUAACUUGAAUACAUUGUGUGUGUGUUUGCGUGUGUUUGUGUGUGUGUGCUUGUGUGUAUGCGUGUGUGAACAGAGAACCUGGCUGAUGUGAAUCUGAGGCAUUUCUCUUUCUCUCUCAUCUUGGCUACACACUCUUCCUUGUGUAUUAUUAGAGUAUUGUGUUACAGAACGUCACCAGACAAUGUAACAUGUUGUGUUUGUAUUCUUAUGACCACAUGUAAAACACAAUGUGAAAUAUUGACGAUUCCAUUGUUUUCACUGGAGCUAUUGUCAUUAUUGUUCAGGUUUUCAGGCUAGUGACCAGAGAGAACUCCAACUAAUUAUUUAUUUAUCUUGUUUAACUGACAGGGACAGUGCACAUGAAUCAACAUAUACAUUUCACAUCAGUUGAAGCUGAUGUUGCUUCGCUGUCCCUUGGCUAAUAGAUAUGAUACAACAGUUGUGUUGAUAUCAGGGCUGUUGCUAAUAUUUAUUCAGUCUGUUAGCACUUCUGUGGUGUUACUAGCGUUAGCCGAACCCAGAUCACUUUAGUCCUGUUGUCUAAAACAAUUAAAGAUGUAUUGUCUUCUGUUGCCUCCCGCCACAGCCAUCUGCUCCUAUCCAUUAUUCAUCAGCUUCCCUUAAAGCUAGAGAGACGAGAGCGAUCAUUGUUCUUAUUAUUUAUUUACUUUUAGGAACGCCAACGCCACUCACUGCUUUUCUUUU